GCGUAAUAAUCGCGUGAUAUAGACAUAAUGGCUACUAAAAUGCAGACGAUAUAUUACCAACGAAUCUAUCACCAUAUCCGCCGAAAAUUAUUUACAAGUUUAUUUUACUAGUUAUACCAUCGAUGUAACGAUUGAUUACAUUGAUAGAUGGAUUUCUUAUUUAGAAGUGAAGUCGAGAAAGUGUGGAUCCGAUGUUGUAGUAAUGAAUUUUCGCUUAUAAAUAUUAUGUAUUAAAUAUGAACAGCUAUUACCAAUUUUCUGUAAGAUAUCAUUCCACUUGCUAGAGUGUAGGACGUGAUGUAAGGACGAAUAUCGUUAUAAACAAAUAGCCGAAAAGGGGGUUCGUAGACUGAUCGUUUCAUAAAAAUUCAGAGUAUCGAAAAAUAUUUUUUCAUUUUUUCUCAAAUACCAAUUCCGACGUACUUGGAAUAUUUUUCCAAUAACUCCAAAACGACUUCCGCACUCGAAAUACCUCGGAGCAAUUCAUUGUUCAUCCACGUAGAAUAUCGCACCCCCGUCUCGGAUGAUUUUAAACCGUUAUAUCUUAUCACCCGUGUCUCAUCGACGCCUUUUUUACCCGAAGCUAUCCACCAAACAUCGAAAUGCGAAGUCAGAAGUAAGCUAAGAACCGCAAGAACGAGGAAAAAAUAAGAUCAUUUUAUCGACGCGAAGCCAAACUCCUACCACUAUACCACAUAUUAUAGGAGUGUCAAAUUGAAUCACGUCUCCUUCGCAUAUUAUAAUGAAAGAAUGAACAUACAUAAAUAUUUCUGCUCAAUUUUCGAACGUAUAGCAAAUAAUAUCUUACGUAUUUCCACGUAUUUCCGAACAGUUAGUGGACGGCGAAGCAUUGAUGUUACGCGGGCUACCUUCGUGCCGUGUCUGACUUACGUUGACCCAUACUACUUGCAGUCAAGUAGACCGCACGUUCAACGGGGCAAGGAUGAUUCUAAUGCAAAUUUUAUUUGACGCUUAAAAAUUUUUUUUCACUAUUACUAUAAUCGUUGUCGGUAACCGCGAGACAUUUUCUAGGGUUAUUUACUCGUGAUAUUCGGCUUAAAUUCUUUCUUAUUCUAGAUUCCCGCUCUCUUUCUCGAGAGAAAUCUCAAUAACAAAGGGCCCGGUGAAACGUAGCGACAAUUACGAUGCACAUUGUUCCAGGGGAUCAUCUCGAAUAGGGGCCCUUACACGUUAUGUGGGUGACACCAUUCCAUGCCAUUCUCGCCAGUAUUUUGGUAUAGAUCUUUCGCGUGAAACUCGCCGACUUAUUCCGAACUUCUGACUGUAUGCGUGAUUCGUUGAACCGGUAGAACCCGAGUCGACGAUCCUGGACGUGGUUUGCACCUGGUGUAAAUGCAUGGAGAUUAAAGAGUAAAUCGGAGCCUGCACCCGAUUCUGAUGAAUAAUUGAUAUAAAAACAUUCGUACGUUGUAUCGAAUAGGAUUUGACGACGCAAGGAAUACUAAUAAAAUGUAAGUGUUUCGAGAUAAAAUGCUAGGAACUUGUAACGACGAGGAUGACGCCGAGGAUGUGGAAAGCAAUAGAAAGAACACAGCAAAAUUUCGCAAAUUUGUGGAAGGAUUGUGGUUAAACUUGUACCAUAUAAAUUAUAAAUCGUCGCCGUUGGUCCCAAAUAUUUAUCACAAGAUUCAAAAAUAUAAUCCAGAUAAUAAUAUUAAAAUAUGAUCGGUUGCGAGUGAAAAAUCUACGAGUUCAUCGUUGUUACGACGAAUAUAAUGUAUACGAGAAAAAAAAAUUCAGGUGACAAAAUUGACAAAGGGGCGAUUAAAUUAUCGACGCGUGUAAUUCAAACGGUUUGUCAUUGAACGAAAAACUAAUAAAACUAAUUACAAUUAAAAUCGUGGAACAAUGAAAUACGCCCGAAAACACGUAGGUGACUAAAUAUGCCGUAGAUACAUAACGUGUACAAAGAAAGAUUAAGAAAAAAAUAUAUAAAAUAUAUAGAAGUUUAAAACACGAAAGAAAAUUAUAAUAUAUAUGUAUAUGUUUAAUAUAUUAGUGAGCCGAAAGUUAAUUACCGUAUGUAUUAUAAUAAUUAAGAAAAACUAAAAAAAAAAAAGAAGCUAAAAGAGAAAGCUAAUAAUAUUUGUUAAAAACGACAAGAUAAAAUAUACUCGUUGAAAUGGAAAUGGUUUAGGAUUCAAGCUGCGAGCUUAGAAGGAUCUUAAACCGCGUCAAUAACUGAAGAUUCAAGUUUUGAAGAAGGAUGCCAGGGGGUCGAAGGGGCCUCGUAGCCCCACAAAACACGUUUUUAGAAAACAUCAUACGAAGAAGCAGCAGUCAACCCGACAGCAGUUUUCUACUUGCAAAUGCCCAGAUAGCGGACUUUCCGAUCGUCUAUUGCAACGAAAGUUUCUGCAAAAUUUCCGGCUUCAAUCGGGCAGAGGUAAUGCAAAAAUCAUGUCGUUGCGCUUUCAUGUACGGCGAACUGACCAACAAGGAAACAAUAUCCCGCAUCGAAGAGUGUUUGGAAGGGCAGAUCCACGACCAGUUCGAGAUUCUGCUUUACAAGAAAAACAGUACCCCACGAGAGACACCACUAUGGCUUUUAUUACAAAUCGCGCCGAUCAAAAACGAACGAGAUUUGGUCGUCUUGUUUCUUUUGACAUUUCGGGAUAUCACUGCGCUCAAACAACCCAUAGAAACCGACGACGCCAAGGGUGGAUUAUCCAAGUUUGCAAAGCUUGCCAGAUCCGUCACCAGAUCAAGAUCUGUUCUGGUUUCUCAGUUCAGUUCGCAUCUCCCUGUCCUCAAAGACACAGCACUGCCAACUACGGCCAAGCAAUCACACUUGGCUCAUAUGAUGUCCUUGAGCGGCGAUGUCAUGCCUCAAUAUCGUCAAGAAGCUCCAAAGACACCUCCUCAUAUUUUAUUACAUUACUGUGCUUUCAAAGCUAUUUGGGAUUGGAUUAUUUUAUGCCUGACUUUCUACACUGCGAUCAUGGUCCCAUAUAAUGUGGCAUUCAAAAACAAAACCAGCGAGGACGUCUCUCUGCUAGUCGUUGAUAGUAUAGUUGAUGUCAUUUUCUUUAUCGAUAUCGUUUUGAAUUUUCACACAACGUUUGUCGGUGCUGGUGGCGAAGUCGUCUCAGAUCCAAAGGUGAUCCGGAUGAAUUAUUUGAAGUCAUGGUUUAUAAUUGACUUACUGAGCUGUUUACCAUACGAUGUAUUUAAUGCCUUUGAUCACGACGAAGAUGGAAUAGGCAGCCUGUUCUCUGCCCUGAAGGUGGUCCGACUCUUGCGAUUAGGGCGUGUUGUGAGAAAACUUGACCGGUACUUGGAGUACGGGGCAGCAAUGCUAAUUUUGCUACUCUGUUUUUACAUGCUGGUUGCUCAUUGGCUGGCCUGCAUUUGGUACGUCACUUUAAGGUAUUCCAUAGGGCGAUCCGACGCUGAUGCUGGUGUGCAAUAUUCUUGGCUAUGGAAAUUGGCCAAUGUUACACAAUCACCUUACAGCUAUCUGUGGACAAAUACGAGCACUACACCGGAAUUGAUAGCAGGUCCUGCGAGACGCACAAUGUAUGUUACUGCCCUGUAUUUUACAAUGACCUGCAUGACUUCAGUUGGAUUUGGAAACGUCGCUGCAGAAACUGAUAAUGAGAAAAUUUUCACCAUUUGUAUGAUGAUCAUUGCUGCUCUUCUAUAUGCCACAAUAUUUGGUCACGUGACUACCAUAAUUCAGCAGAUGACAUCGGCAACUGCAAAGUAUCAUGAUAUGCUGAAUAAUGUGAGGGAAUUCAUGAAACUUCACGAGGUACCUAAGGCACUCAGUGAACGGGUCAUGGACUAUGUGGUCAGCACUUGGGCUAUGACAAAAGGACUCGAUACAGACAAGGUUCUUAAUUACUGUCCAAAGGAUAUGAAGGCAGAUAUUUGCGUCCAUUUAAAUAGAAAGGUCUUCAACGAGCAUCCUGCAUUCAGACUGGCCUCAGAUGGCUGUUUAAGAGCUCUGGCUAUGCACUUCACGAUGUCACAUAGCGCACCAGGCGAUCUGUUGUACCACACUGGGGAAUCCAUAGACUCUCUAUGCUUCAUCGUAACUGGGAGCUUGGAAGUCAUUCAGGAUGAUGAGGUCGUCGCAAUUUUGGGCAAAGGAGACGUAUUUGGCGACAGCUUUUGGAAAGACUCUGCUAUCGGUCAAAGCGCUGCCAACGUCAGGGCUCUAACAUACUGCGAUUUACACACCAUCAAACGUGAUCGACUACUGGAGGUGCUCGACUUUUAUCAAGCUUUCGCCAACUCCUUUGCUCGAAAUCUCGUUCUCACUUACAACCUUCGCCAUCGGUUGAUCUUCCGAAAGGUCGCCGAUGUGCGACAUGAGAAGGAACUUGCAGAGCGUAGGAAAAAUGAGCCACAGCUGGAUCAAACGCAGGACCACCUUGUACGCAAGAUAUUUUCAAGAUUCAAGACGGAUGGAGAACCCCUAAUGACAAAGAUGCUGACCUGUCAUCAUCAGGAUUCAGACGAGGAGCUCACUGUCAACGUUCUACCACCAUGGCCCAGUUUUAGGUUUCGAAGAGAGAGACAUAACCCAGAUGUAGAAAAAGCUGACAUCAAAGAAAUCAAGGAUGGGGAAUCGUCGCACUCGCGUAAACUGUCAUCAAGUGACGAAAAUAAUUCUAGCCGCACAAGACCUAGUAAGUGGGGUCGACUGCUAGGAAGUUCUAGUCUAGACUCCAGCAAUGAAGCAGGCGUGAAUGAUACUUUCAAGCGUUCUCUUAGCGCCAGAGAUUCACGACCUAGCUCCAGCGCCGGUACUAACAAAGUUUUUCCAAAGCUGGCCAAGCUAGGAACCACUGGUGCUACUAUCGAAGAAGUUAGCGACACAGAAAAUGCCAAAGAACCAACGCAUUUACAAAAUUUAAGUGCGGAAUCUAAACAAUUAAGUCUCAGAAGACUGGAAAGUUAUGAUGGAGGACUAAUAGCGCAACCGAACAAUGACAGGGAAAUCCUGGCUGCUGUUUUAGAAGUUAAGGUUGAUUUGAAGUUGGAAGUUCAAAGGGUAAAUCAAAGAUUAGCAAAAAUAGAAGAUAUGUUACAGACUCUGAUGAACCGUGUCUCAGUUACUGCCACACCAACAACCGUAGUUCCGGCUCAUAGCCAAAACAGUUCUAGCGCAUCCCAUUUGCAAAGUUCCAGUUCUACGAGUGCUAAUGCUCCACCGCAAGGAGAUACCACAGAACAAAAAUCCGUGGAACCCACAAACAAAGAGCAGCUGUCGUUGUGUGAUCGUUUAAAGUAUCAAGAAUAUCCCCAAGCGCAUCCCGAUCGUUCUAAAGAGGUCUUAGAGCGGCUUAUAAGCUGUUCCAGUGAACUUAAAACCCCCAAAGAAGUUAACAAAGAAUUGCUCGAACGUUUAACCCAGGCUUCGACCUCCCGUGAUGACGUGACCCCUUUGGGACCAUUAAUUUUGCGAAAACGUAGGAGCAAAUCGCGAAAUAAAGGUGCUGCUCCUCAAGCUCCUCUGGCCACACAGCCUGUAAGUCCUUCAGAUCCUACUGAAACGACACAAAUGCUCGAGCCUGCUGAAGAAACUGUGACCUUAAGUGCAGAGGCACGAACUGAAAGGCUAGAGCGAUCCGAACGAUUAGAACGCAAGCGACCACCGCCCAGACCUAGAGAAUAUUUAUGAAAAUUCGCUUACUAUUUCAACAAAUUGUUAGUAAAUGGUCAAGUUUCUAAAUAUUUCGUCUAGUUUUUGCGCCGCAACGUUACGCCUGAAUGCGAUGCGAUUUUUAACUGGGCUCACACUGUAUGAUGUUACUCAUAUUAGGCUGUUUUUUAAAGACUAGAAAUUCAUUUCAUAUCCACACAUAAUAUCAGCGUAAAAAACAUAUAUUUCAACAUCUGGAAUGUUGUACCGCAAGAAAAUGAUCUCGACGAAUGUUGGAUUUAAAAUCUGCAAACUAUAUAGGCCAUAUAUUAGAUAUCUUAGUUAUAAUGUCUUGUACAGUUAGCAGAAAUUUUUUUGCCUGACAAUUAUUUUCAUGCAUGAAUCAAGUUGUUCGGUAGGUUCCUAGAUCAAUCUUCUUUAACCAAAUUGUGAAUUUUGUGGCGCAAAAUCAGAUUGACACAGUGUUUAAGGCAAAAAUAAAAAUGCUAUCUAUGAUACUAGGGGAAAAUGGAUAUUCAUCUUGAAACCUUCUUAUAAAAUAGAAGCGCUUUUUGAAAAUCUAUUUAGGCUCGGUAAAUUUGCUACUAAAUUUUAAAACAUAAUUAUUCAAUAAUAGUACAAAUAUCUUGUGUAAUCCAGCUGAAUUUAUGAAUCGGGUGAAAAAUACGCCAACACCUAAUCCUAUUGAACCUUGAUUUUUAUACAUUCAUAAUAAUCUGUACAAAAAUUAUCUUCAAAUUCAGAUGGUGACGUCUAGAAUAGUAGAUGCUGAAUAUUUCAAAUUAAUAUUAAACUUGAUUUGGACUUUGGAAAUACCGCUUGGACGCACUCAAUAUCGAUAAACGUAUAUGGGAGUAUUUUCCAUCCGAACCUUGAAUUGCCAAAGAAUGCUUACGAAUGGACGAUAAAUUUAAAUCAAUGGACCAAUUCUUGCAGGGUUGAUUUUUGCUUCGAAGUAACGAUGCACAAUGACCUGGAACUACAAGGUAGAUCCUAGAAGCAUAAAUAUAUUUUUCAUGUGGUACACUGUGUAUGAGAAAAGAGUUUACAAAAACAGCAUAACGGUAUCACUAAGAAUUUACUUCUUCAAUUUGAAAACUGCGGGCGGUGCUGAAAUUGAUUAUGAUUCGUGUAUGUAUUUAUUUUUUUAUAUUCUUGUAUUGAGAAUGAUUACACAGAUAAACCAUUUGUCGCUUAUGUGUAUUAUUUAGUAGCAGCUUUACGAGCAUAAGUUGAAAUUCUGAGAGUCUGCUGUAUGAGCCGCCAUUUAUUUGAUUUCGCUUGCUGAAUACACCCUAAGAAUAUAAUGAUGUAAUUAUAAAAACAUUAUGCAAAGUAGCUGAAAGCUGCAGAAUGUGAUAUGGAACAAGGCCACAUUUGUGCAAUAAAUAGCUUGCGAUGGCUUUUUCGGACAUCGAAAUGUUGAAAAUAUAGUGUAAUUUAAUUAUUAUUGAUUAAGGUAUCGAAAGAGUAAUUACUCACUUUUGACUUUAAAUUAAAUUGAAGAGAAAAAAAACACCUGAAAACUUGUUAGAAAAUUUAUAUGUAUGUAUAUAUAAAUAGCAUAUACAUGCAUGUAUAUAUGUAGAAUAUAUAUAUAUAAAUAUGAAUUAAUGAAUAAAUUUUAUUAGGAAAGUUUACGAUAAUACGGUCUAUUGUACGAAAUGAAGAGUUAGGUUUUUACUCGGGAUGCCUGAGGAGUUUUUAGAAAUUUUAUAUUUGAUGCUUAGCGAUAGAUCAGCCUAAAUAACAUAAUUUAUUCAGGAACUAAAUUUAGAAGCUAAGGAAAAAUCUUGUUAUAUCCAGCAAGCCUGAGAGCAGAACUGUUUGUCUGGUAUUAAUCAGUUACUUAAAGUAGUUAAAAAAUAUUGUUGUUACCUACUUAGUGCUAAUGAACGAUAAUACCAGAGACGUUUUGUCCUGGGUCAUAGUUUUCAUAAGGAACUGGGAUGAAUCCUAACUCAAUGUAAUAUUGCAUUACAGAAAAGAACCCUGGAUCAAUGAUCUCGAAAAUUAUAGUACACUUUAUUUCAUUCGAAUCAUAAUUUAAGCUUAGGUGUUCCUUCAUUCGCAACUAGUAAUCGUUCAAACCAACUUCAGAUUUCAAGAUAAAUCUCUCUGGUAUUAUGAUUCAUUAUUAACAGGUAUUUUCUAAUGCUGUGUGAGUUCUGGGUUGAUAAAUUACCAGUUUUUUUUAUCACCAGGGAACGUUACAACAUGAAGAAAAACUAGAUCCUGAGUACUCGGCACUCCCAGUAGCCAAAUAUAGCAAUACUAGAUAUUAUAUUACAAAUAUUACAACAUAAAAAUAAUGAGUAAGCGAAUAGUUAAAAAGCAGACAUUAUGUGAAACGUUUAGUGGCCAAUUGGUGUAAGCUGUUAACAAAGUGGUUUCAAAGUCAUAAUCUAAUUGCCUUUAUUGCUAAGCAGCCUGUAAUAUUUUACAUUUCUCGACAUUGACAAGACGUAAUAUAUUUAUUAAGUCGUAAACUUUGUACCAUUCUUGUAAAUUAUAACGAGAAGGUGCGGUGUAAGUAUCAUUAUACGAUGUACAGCGACACAAAUUCUCAUUGAAUGUGUAUAAUUAUUACUCUACAGAGAGACGUUCCAAGGUACACCUCUGUAAUGUCCAAAUACAAUUUCAUUAUAACCGA